GGCGCGGGGCUCGAGGGGCGGGGAAACCGCGGGGCGAAAGCGAGGCGAGCGGGGAGGCGAGCUCUGUAAGCCCCGGGAAGAAGAAGCAGCAGCAGCGCCAGGCAGCCCUCCCUUCCUCUCGUUGCAAGGCGCCGCCGUCUCCGCUCCUCCUCCUCCUCUUCUGCUUCCUCCUCGAAGCCCACCAGGCCGAAGCCCCUCUCUACCCGCAGCCAUGGGUGUCGAAGGCUGUACCAAGUGCAUCAAAUACCUCCUCUUCGUCUUCAAUUUCGUCUUCUGGCUGGCUGGAGGAAUAAUUCUUGGUGUGGCAUUGUGGCUUCGUCAUGACACAAAGACGACAACUAUCUUGGGCUCAACAUUAAAUGACCAUCAGGCUCCUAGCACAUAUUAUGUUGGGAUCUAUAUCCUGAUUGCUGUUGGGGCAGUGAUGAUGUUUGUGGGUUUCCUCGGAUGCUACGGCGCUAUUCAAGAGUCACAGUGCCUUCUGGGAACAUUUUUCACCUGCCUUGUAAUACUGUUUGCUUGUGAAGUGGCUGCUGGAAUCUGGGGCUUUGUUAAUAAAGAUCAGAUUGCUAAAGAUGUGAAACAGUUCUAUGAUGAGGCGGUGCUCGAAACCAAGUCAGAUAAUGAGAAUAAAUCCAAGGCUGCAAAAGCGGUUGUGAAAACUUUCCAUGAAACGCUAAAAUGUUGUGGCACAGGUUCAUUUUUGGAACAUCUAUACAACUUGGCAAAUCCAGAUGACCUCUGCAGUAAAGGACAAUCGACAAUAUUCACAAGCGACUUAAACUGCCAUGCAAGAAUUGAUGAGCUCUUCUCUGGAAAACUGUACCUAAUUGGUAUUGCUGCCAUUGUAGUGGCUGUGAUCAUGAUCUUUGAGAUGAUCCUGAGCAUGGUACUGUGCUGCGGCAUCCGAAACAGCUCCGUCUAUUGAGAAGUGGAAGGGCAGGGGCGAAGCAAUGGUGCCGAAGGGACCCCAAAGUGCCGCUGUAUGACCGGGAGACUCUUCCAACAAAAGACAAAGAAAAAUGUGUAUAUAAAUAUUUCAGAUAUUACCAUACAGUACUUAUCAUUCUUACUUGGAAGUCUUCUUUCUGUUUGUUUAAAGGGUGGGAGAGGGAGGUGGGUUUCUUCUUCUUCAACUUCUUUUUUGUAUAUUUGUGGCAAAGUUAAAGACACAUCAAUUUGUGUGGUAGAAAAGCUACUAAUGUCAGUGAUUCCAGGCCUUUUUAUCAAAGAUCGCCUUUCUAUCCUCUCUCUUCUCCCCAGCCACUGUUCUGGUCCUAACAAUAUGCAACUAACAAGACUUUCCCUAGAUACUGGCUUUUUAUGAAGAAAAUGGACACUUCCUGUGUCUGUGUUAUCCAAACAGUGCUUUGGAGAGAGAGGGAGAGGCAUUGCACCCGUUCUCAGCAUUUCCUGUACUAACAUUCUCUAUUGUGACUUAUAAAAAACCUUAUAUUCUUAGUCUAAAUCUGUGAGCGUAUGAGGAUACAAGAGUGCUGCCUUGGUGUAAUGAGGCUACUGUUUUCAGAUCUUCUGUUUUGCUAUCAAUCAUGCAACUUUGACAGUAUAUCCAAUACUCCUCCCUCCCUUCUAUGAUGAGACUUUAUUUGCAAAAUUGUAUAAACCCCCUUAACAUGAAAAGUCCAUAAUGUCUCCUGGAAUCAGAACAUGGAUAUAAGUUAAUUCUAAAAGCCCUCAAAAGAUAAUAAUUUAUAACAGUGAAAGAUUUAAACCCUGAGCAUAUAUUUUCAUUGUGAGCUAAACAUUUGUUUACAUGGUCAAAAGAAAAUAUGAUAGGUCUGAUGGAAUGUUAACGCUUUUUAUAUCUCACUGCUAUGUGUGUUUACAUGAUUAGUUUGGAAUGAAAGUUCAGUCUGGUGUCGUUCACUUAAUAAAUAUGUAGUAAUCUAAUGAUGCCAAAAGCUAUCUGUGGAAGAGAAUCAGUGAAAUAAUGGCUGGAUACCUGUUCAUUGAAGAUACAAUUUUAAGGAGGCACCUGCUUUUGUGCCUUUAAAAAAACUAUAGUAGUAAAAGUGGAGAAUAGCCAAUUGUAUUUGGGUAAGACACUGCAAAGAGGCCUUGUUUGUUAGGAGCAUCCACUAACCCCAUCCUUAGUAUAAAAUGGCCAUGUUGCCCGCGGUGAAAUACCACAAACAAAUCAGAUACUACCCUCCCUAUAUAGUAAUUGAUGUUGGCUUCCUGUGUUCUUUGCAAGUUAUGGUUCAUUCAAAUGUAAAUUUAUUCCUUGUCUUUCUCUGCACUUUUGCUCCUCAAAUGCAGUGAGGUCUGUGCCUGUUAGAACAACCAGUUGGGGCACGAAAAUGAUAUGAAUAGGCAAAGAUUUAUAAGUAAGCUUACAACUCUAGUUGGAAUGCUUUUGAUGAACAUUUAGAAGACCACACAUGAAUUCUAUGCCCUUGGUGCAGUUUCUCCUCUAAAUAUGUUAGUGGAAGAAAACAAAAGGCUUUGUAAAAAUAAAUUGUUGGAAUAAUCUAAGCAUCUCAGAAAACUAAACAAAAAAUUGGUCAGAGUUCCAGGAUCCUUGUUACCACACACACCACUUCCUUUUAUAUGAUUCUGGCUUGGCUGAAAUGGACUCCACUGCCUAGAACCCCCUUGAAAAGUUAUUCUAAAUCAAACCCUGUUCAUAGUACUAGUUCUAAGAAAGUAUCCUAAGAAUUGUGACGGUGGGAAGGGAGGACCUCUUUUAGCCUUAGAAAUAGCCUUAAAGCAACACUGCCCUGAAUGUCAAGCUUUGCAUGCACUGGAAACAAAAAUUGAUUCUAACAACCUACCCACCCUUCAAAGGUUUUGAGGGUCAUAUUUUCCAGUAUAAUACAGUAUAUGUACAAUUUGUAGCUAAUCAACUAUGCAUGUACAUUUAUUUACACACACACACACACACAUAUGCAUUGGGGCUACCAGUGUGCAAAAUAGAUGUGUGUAAUUCACUGCCUUUUGUCAAGUCUCCCAGAGAAAUGUAUAUAAUUGCACCAUUAAGCAUUUUUUUCGUAUACCGUAUUUUUGAUAUUGUUCAGCAUUCAGGUGAUGAUCUGUUACAGCCAGCGCUCUGUUCAGAAGCUUUACAAGUCUCUCCUCUCAAGUGUGGCUCCAGCGUAGUCUUGGGGCAGAGGCCACUCUUUCUGUUGAGUGCAGGAUGGCAAUGGAUAGUGAGGAUUAUGCUACAUUGUAUGGACGGAUAAAUUCCCUUAAGCUUUUUCUGGGGGUUUUUUGGAGAGUGGCACCCACAACUUUCUACAUAACCUUUUGUUUCGUUUUGCAUUUUGAAAAUGGAAAACGGCUUCUAGAUAAUGUGGUUUUAACUUGGAGAAUUGGUGUCUAACCAUGCCAAGUACACAUCUGGAACUUCAGUGGAGGCAAAAAUUGAGCUUCUUUGUUUUCCCACGGCUACUUCCCCAAUCAUACUCUCUAAAGGCUUCUUUUUAUUAAUCUGUUUAUGUCAAUAUGUGCAUGUAUGUAAAAUUAAUGUAUAAUGUAUGCUCUUCGGCAAUAAGCAGGAGAGCAAAAAGUGGGUAGUAAAGUAAUAUUAAAAAGUGCUAUGUUACAAAUGAUUUUUAAGUUGCAUUUUUGCCGUAUGCAAAGAGACAACUGAAUUGGAAAUCGGGCUCUCAAGGCCAGGAAUAGCUCAGAAAUAGAGGGAACGUGCUCCAAAAAUGGUGAGAAUGUAACACAUAGGACUGGACUAUAGAAGCUUUCAUGUGGAAUAAUUGCUUUGGGUCAGUAAUACUUUGACCUUCAUUUGAGAAACUAAAGAUAAACCCCCAAACAAAACAUUCUGCAUAUAGAAAAUUAGGAUUUGGGAGGUGGAUUCCACCUUAGACUUCUUCCUGACUUUUUUUUUUGCCUACAGGAUUUCUUCACCUCAGUAGCAGAGAUCAUGUUCUAUGUCUGAAGUGUUAACAGUCCAUGAACUGUUCAUGUAAACUGGUCUUAAGACUUCUUUCAGUGCCAAUAAUGACAGGAUCUGUUCCCAUUUUCCUUUGACUAUUUGCAAAGAACUAGCAAGAGAGAGGCACAGGUGACGUCAGAAAUCCAAGAUAAGUUAAUGUAUUCUUUUAAAAAAUAACCCAAUGUUGUAAAAGCUUGCUUUAAAAUUGCCUUGGUAGGCAGCUCUCCUCCACUAUGGAUUUAGCAUUGGGAAACAAAUUGAGGGCUUCAGCUAAGAAAUGCCCAGACGUGAGAAUGAAAAAUUGUGGCAAAUGCUGUUCCAUGAGGCAGAAUUAUAUCCAAGGUUAUCUAACAACUUAUUCAAACUGUACAACAUUUGUGGCCAAAUUCCAGAAACUCCCUGGUUUUGCUUUACCAGAGAACAUCAGUUGGCUGGGUUUAUCUUUAUGAUUAUGCCCAAAUACCUUAUUUUUAAAUAAACUAUAAUAAAGAAUUCUCUAUUAAGCCAAAAGAAAAAUUUAGCAUUCUCCACCUACAAGUUGGCCUUGUGCAAACUGAACAGGGCCAGUUAUAAAGAGACUACAGGGCCAAACAGCGCUGCUGGCUGUAUCAUCCUGAAUGCUUGGUUUUCUUUUGAAUAUUGUGGAGCAUGCCACAAGCUGUAUGUUCAUGUGAAGUACUAUUUCUUCUCUGCCUUCUUUUUUGGGUCACUUUUCAGAUUUUUAAUAAACAUUUCCUCCUAGUGUGUAUUGUGUGGUGAAGCCCUAUGUUUUUUUUUAAAGCGCCAAGAAAUCACAACACCUGAAUGCUUUUGACCAUCACAUCUCCACAGCACUGGCAAAGCCAGUUUUGAGAACAGAGAACAAAUGGGGUGAGACAAAGACAAGAGGAAGGAAGAAUUGAAUGAGUCUUGGCCAGCUGAGUCUUUUUCUGGUCAGAGAAAAGCCAUGAAACGAAGUAUAUGAGGCGGAUCUAUGGAGAUAACAUUUGCAUCAGAAAUGCAGUGACUCUCCCCCAAAAUUCAGCUUUCAACUAGGUUAAUGAGAGAAAACAAUCAAUUCCAAUAUGUUCCUACCAGUGCCCAUUGCAGAAACCCAUCACCCAAGAGUACAAGCAUACAUAUGGAAACCUAGUAAUACAAGUCUUGACUUUUGUAGGCUAUAACAAACAAACUAGUUUUGUAAUUUUUUUCCCAUUGGUUCUUCUGUGAAAGGGGGAGGAAGGAAUGAACUAGGGAGGCAUGACAUACCCCUGCCAUUUCCCCACAUUUGCCAUCAAAAUCCCCAUUCUUCUCAUCACCCUGGCUUCGCUUGUGCUCAGCAAUCUUGCCUAUUUGCUGUUGUCUUGCUUGUUUAUCUGAAUGUUAAAGGAAUCUGUCAAAAUAACGUUUUUUAAGAAAAUAUAUCUAUGACAACAAUUAAAACAACCAAAAACCAA